AUGCGCCUGUGGCUGCUGCGGCAGCUAGUGUGGGGCCGAGCAGCAGACUGCAUAGAUACUGCUGCACUGCAGCAGGAAACUUACCAUUUGCGUCCUUUGCUGCUGCAUGCGCUGCUUGCUGAGGUCGCAUUAACACAACGUAUUGUUGCUGCAAGACAAGCAGCAGCAGCAGCAGCAGCAGCAGCGCCUACUGCUGCUGCUGCUGAGAGGGAAGUGGCAGCAACCACACAGCGAUCCUCCCGCUAUAGAAGACGCAAUAGUGGUGUCCGUGCAGCAGCAGCAGCAGCAGCAAAAGGAGCAGCAGCUGCAGCACGAGACCCUAUGCAGCAGCACCAGCUGCAGCAGCAGCAGCAGCAGCAGCAACUUGCAGAAGAAGGGGCCUAUCCUGCUGCUGUCUUGCGUGUUGCCGUUAUGGCGCUGCUUCGUUUCUUCGGAAGCAACCGCAGCAGCAACAGCAGCAAUAGCAGCAGCAGCAGCAGCAGCAACAGCAGCAGCAGCAGCAGCAUGCACUCUGAGUUGUGGAAGACUGUAUCAUUCGCACUGGAGCAGGAGGCAAGACAGGCAGCGGCAGCAUGCAUCAGCAGCAGCAGCAGAAGCAGCAACAGCAGCAGCAGCAGCAGCAGCAGCAGCAGCAGCAGCGUCCUUUCGUUGUUUCCUUCGGCUGAUUUGAAUUCUCUUCACAGCACACCGCAGGAGACACAAACAGCAGCAGCAGCAGCAGCAGCAGCAACAGCAGCAGCAGAAACAACAGCAGCAGCACCUGCAGCAACGGAUGUUGCUGCUGCAAUUGCUGCUGAUACAGCAGCAGCAACAGAAGCAGAAGCAGCAGCAGCAGCAGAUGAUGAUGAUGAGGACGUAUACAGAAGGCGCGUGCUGCUGCUGAAGAAAUCCCUGCAGCAGCACAUAUGCCUAGAGACAGAUGCAGCAGCAGCAGCAGCAGCAGGUUUGCUGCUGCCGCUGCUGCCUAGUUGGUGGCUGCCUUCCAUAGGUCACCUCUGUGUACAGCCAUUAACAAGUGUAUUCAAGCUCCUUCCUAGCAGCAGCAGCAGCAGGAGCAGCAACAGCAGCAGCAACAGACGCAGCAGCAGCUGCAGGGGAGGAGGACGGAAGGAUUCGCUCAUUCGCUGCAGCAAAACAAGGAGGCAGCACUUCGUCCCCGUGCCACACUCUGCAGGAACAACAGCAGCAACAGCAGCAACAGCAGCAGCAACAGCAGCAGCAGCACCGGCAACAGGAAGCAGGGAUAGAGUGGUUAGACAGCUGAUGUUAUCAGAAGCAGCAGCAGCAGCAGCAAAGUCCUCAGUAAGCAACGAGAAUCUGCUGCGGCUGCUGCAGGCACUGCAACGAUACAAUCCACAGCAGCAACAGCAGCAACAGCAGCAACAGCAAAAGCAGCAGAAGCAGCAGCAGCGCAACUCAGCAGCGGACGAAGACGUUGCAUCGAAGGAUUGCGAAGCAGCAGCAGCAGAAGCAGCAGCCGAGGCAGCAGCAGAAGCAGCAGAAGUAGCAGCAGCAGCAGAGAGUCCCUCCUUGUCCUCACCGUCUACAGCAGCAGCAGCAGCAGAAGCAGCAGCAGCAGCAGCAGAUGGCAAAUCACCAAGUGUAUGCACAGUUCGUAAAAGUUUGCUGCAUGCAUUGAUGUGGCGAUCUCCUUCUUUUUCUCUUAAGGAAGCAGCAAGUUUAUCUUUUGCUGCUGCUGCAGCAGCAGCAGCAGCAGCACCAACAGCAGCAACAGCAGCAGCCGCAGCAGCAGCACCAACUGUCUCCGUUUGUGUCUCUCAUCAUCUUACUAGAAGAAUUGUUUACUUCUGCUUCCCUCAAGCUGCUGCACUAGCGCAGCAAAUUGCUGCUGCUGCUGCUGCAGCAGCAGCAGCAGAAGCAGCAAAGGAAGGUGUUGAUCCUACAGCAAUUGCUGCUCUUGCUGCAGCUCAAGGCGGACUAGGUGCAGCAACGGAUGCAGCAGCAGCAGCAACAGCAGCAACAGCAGCAGCAGCAGCAACAGCAGCAACAGCAGCAGCAGCAAGAGCAGCACGAGCUGCUGACAGAGCAGCAUUUGCUGUUGGAGCAACAGUAGAGUUAUUAGGAGAUGAAUCUUCUGCUGCUGCUGCGAUUGCUGCAGCAGCAAAAGAAGCUGCAGCUGGUGAUACAGGGCAGCAACUGCUGCAGUUGCUGCUGCUGCUGCAUGCGCUGCUGCAGCUAGAGGCACGCCUUGAUGUAUAUACGCAGAGGCUAAUAGAUCUAAUUGCUGUUGUUGUUUCUUCUGCUGCAGCAGUAAGAGCUUCUCCUGCAGCAGCUGCAGCAGCUGCAGCAACAGGAACAACACCACCAACAACAACAGCAGCAGCACCAGCAGCAGCAGCAGCAGCAGCAACAAGUGUACUCGAUUUGCUGCCUGAUUAUGUAUUUACGUCCUUAGUUCAAUCCUUAGGGAAGCAGCAAGCAAAGGCAGCAGAUAAUAAACUGCAGCAAGACUUGCUAGAGUGUCUGUGCAACUCGGCCAUGUAUCGAUGCGGCAACAGCAGCAGCAGCAGCAACAGCAACAACAACAGCAGCAGCAGCAGCAACAGCAGCAGCGGCAAUUUGUCUCACUUUGCAUGCGCUACAUCAGCAGCAGCAGCAGCAGCUGCACCAGCUGCAGCAGCAGCCGCAGCAACUCUCCUCCCUGCAGAAUGCGCUGCUGCAGUCCCUUACUCUAUCCAUGAUCGUAAUCCUGCACCAUCUCCUUUCUGCUAUCCAGCAGUGUGGGAGUUGCUGCAGGGGAAUUUGCAUGAUAUGCGCGCUCUGCAAAUAUUGGCGGUGGCGAUGGCAUUCAGAGAUUGGCACUUUAGGGAUUGGGAGAUGCCAUUAGACAGUGGGGACUCUGGUGCAGCAGCAGCAGCAACAACAGCAGCAACAGCAGCAACAGCAGCAGCAGGAACAGCAGCAGAUAAGAACCUUCCUGCCUCGUCCACAGCAAAAGGAAGAGGAUCGCUUGAUGGUGAGGGAGAGGAGACGGCAGGAGCAGGAGCAGCAGCAGCAGCAGCUGCUGCUGCUGCAGCUUUAGGCCCUCCUCCUCCGCUGCUUCUUGACUCGAACUGCGAGCCAGUUGACUCUGUGAGCAGCAGCACGCGAACAGCAGCAGCAGCAGCAGCAGCAGCAGCACCAGCAGCAGCAGCAGCAGGAGAUGAUAUAGGUACAUUACGUUGUAAUAAGAAGCAAAUGCCUUUUGUCUUUGGUCAUCAAGGGCAAGGAAUAAUCAUUGAAUUAAACAAGAAUAAACAGCAGCAGCAGCAGCAGCAGCAGCAGCAGCAACAGCAGAAGCAGCAGCAGCAGCAUAUGCUGCUGCUGGUUGAUUGUAUUGUUAGAGGAUACAAAGUUGAUUUGUUGCUGCUGCCGCAGCAAUAUAUUCGAGAUACCAGGCAGCAGCAGCAGCAGCAGCAAGAGCAGCAGCACGUGCAGCAGCAAGUGCAGCAGCAAGUGCAGCAGCACGUGCAGCAGCAAGUGCAGCAGCAAGUGCAGCAGGAAAUACAACAGCAAGUACAGCACCAAAUGCAGCAGCAAAUGCAGCAGCGAGAGCAGCAGCUUAUGUAG